UGUGGCUGAGUACCAGCUGGUACCACGGGCUCCUCAUCCUGCUCAGGACUUCAUUUGUUGCUGCGUCUGAAAUCGGGACAUGGAACUGAAGUGGAGGAGAAAACCACUGCACGUUCUGUGUGGAUGCAUCCUCACUGUGUGCUUCAGCACCAUUUGUCGGACUCAGAGACUGUGCACAGUCCCAAGCGGUCCUGUAUCAGUACCAGAAAAUAACACCGCUGAUGUCCCCGUGGUCAAAAUCGCCUCCAGCGGUGAUGUGAAACUGACCGUCGUGGUCAACCCUGAAGAUCUGUUCUUCCUUAAGGGGAAUGUCCUGAUGAUAAAGAGAGGACUGGACUAUGAGUCUUUGCAGAGUGGUACUCUGGUGGUGUGGGUGCAGUGCAGCAAACCAGGAUCCAGAUCUGUGAACGAGUCUGUUGAGGUUUUGAUAGAAAAUGUCAAUGACAACCCUCCAAACUUUGCACAAAACCACUACAUUCUAGAAGUAAAUGAGCUUUUGCCACUGAACUCCAGUGUUGGACUGAUAGCAGCUACAGACGUUGAUUCAGAGCCACUGUAUUAUCGCUUGGAGCCUCCAACAGAAAAAUAUUUUCGACUGGAAAGCAUGAACUCCCCAAACUUACUUGUAAAAAGCAUUUUGGACUAUGAUGUUGUACAAAAGAUUUCACUGGUUUUACACGUACAGGACACGUUCAAUGGGUCAGCCUCCAACAAACCCUUCUUCACGUCUGUGGCCACCAUCACAGUGCACGUGAAGGAUAUUGAUAACCGACCACCGUGGUUUCAGCCUUGUAUGAGGACAAACCUUGGACUUGCCAAACUUUGUGUCAGCACAGGCUACAGGGGCAAAGUCAAUCUGACCGAGAAAGAGGAAGGUCCGUUAGCUCUGGAGCCAGGCCCCGUGUUUGCAAGAGACGGCGACAAGAACAGGAGCGAGCAGAUCAGCUACAGAAUCCUCAGAGGCAAUGAAGGUAAUAUUUUACAUAUUGAUGAAGAAACUGGCAACAUCACCAUGACCAAGGCUGCUGAUGUUAUUGGCCCCAUAACUCUGACUGUCCUGGCAUCACAGGUGACCAACAGGGAUCAGUUUGCAGUGACGCUGGUGACCAUCGAGGUGAUGAAGAAGAGCAGGAACCCCCCUCGCUUUGAGAAGGAGCGUUACGAGGGUUUUAUCUACACUAACUCUGUACCUGAGAGCAUGAUCCUCCGGGACCACAGCUCCAACCGACCCUUCAGGGUCCGAGCACGCGAUGAAGACUUUGCAAAUGGUGUGAAUCCAGAUGUGAAGUAUGACGUCCAGUACAGCAGUUAUGUCAACGUGACCUCAGAGGGUUUUGUAAUCCUUAAGAGAGCUGUGAAGACGGAGUCGUUCGCACUUCAGCUCAGAGCAGUGGACACGACAACGGGAGAGAUCGGCACAGCAGCGCUCUCUGUUCAGGUCAUACCUGUGAGCAGCCCGUCAACCACAAACGUGGGCUACCGUGCAGGUGACAUGGCGCUGCUGGGACUGGUCAUGGCAGCGCUGUUGGUCCUUUGUCUCAUUGUGAUUGGCUUCCUGAUUUCCCACAUGUGGAAGGGAAACAGCAGCAUGGCCAAAGUGUGUGAGUGUUUGGGUCCCUGCCUGGGGUCUGGCCGGCUCCGGACUAGCCACAGGGACUCCUUGGAGUACACCAACGAUGGCUUCCAAAUUGAAGGUGACCAGAGCCGUGAAGGGUCAAGGCGUUGGAACAACACUUUCCUCAGAAGGACUGCCGGUAUCCGGGCUCGGGGCAGGGUCAUCCCCUUAAUCAGCAGAAGCCGCCACUGUGUCUCCUGCGGUGUCUUUACCAACCACGUGCCAAAGGGGAGCCCGUCAUUGAGGAGAAAGAGAGGAGAUGAAGACUACUACAACACAAAGCCAACCCUGACCAAGCCGAGGAGAGAGGGGCAGAAGUCAGUGUGGUUCAAACAGAGCGCCGACUCCUCAGAGAUCGAAGUGGAGAUUAUCCCAGACACUAUAGGCCGGGUGGAGGAAGAAACUGAAGAGGAGCUGGAAGGGGAGGAGGUGGAGAUGGAGGGGGUCACCAGAGAUGGUGCUGCCCCCCAGAGAGAGUCUGAGGACAGCCAGGGUAGAAAACCCAGCGAGGACGAGGAGAACCACAGUAUAACCAAACCAGUUAAAGAUACAAGCCAGGAGCAGGACUGACACCAUGGAAAACCAGAGUUGGAGAAAAGGUUUGUAAAACGGAGCACAAUGGAUAUUUGGGAUAAACCUUCACGAUGGUUUAAGAACUGCCUGACAGACCUCCAGAACUGAUUCAAGAAUCCAACAAGAACAAUUCUGACAUCAAUAUUUUCAAAAAUGGAGUGCCACAGAUCAUUUUCAAAAACAUUUACUAUGUAUAGGCAGAAGAAGCAG